AUGAAGACAUUUCAAUGGCUGCUGGUGUUUGCAGGAGUUUGGGCCCGCUGUGUGGGGCAAAGCUGCGUGAAGGAGAAGCGCCGUUUGCCCAGCCCCAGUGGCCUUCAAGGCAAAGUUGCACCAGCCAAGCACUACUUGCAUGUUCGGUACCAUGAUUGGGACACAAAGACCUUUGAGCCAAUCGAAGCCAACUCCAGUACAUUCCGUGCAAAGGCAGGCUUGGAUCCAGGCUCCAUCAUCUAUGGUGAGAGCUAUGCCACAGGAAGGCGCUGCAACCUGAAGAUGAUCCAGCUCGUGAAGCCCACGCAUUCCUUCGAAGUGCCAGAAUCCGGAAGCUUGACGAGGGUGUGGUUGGAACUUCAGCUACACCAUGUAUGUGAAAGUCAGACUUUCUAUGACGAUCAACUGUCAGAUGAUCAUGAUGCCAUCCAGGAUCUCAAAGCCAAGGUGAGCGGCUUCUUUGCCAAGCUUCAGAGGCUCGCCGAAACCUCCGAUGCUGACCUAAGCCCUACUGAGUUGGAGGACCAAGCCGCAAGGGUCAAGGCCGACAUCAAAGAUGCGCGAGAGGAAAUCGCAGAGCACGAAGAUGCCAUUGACAAGACCAAGCAGGCUAAGAAGCUAGAAGACAGUUGGCACCGUCCGCGUUUACCAGAGAAUGUGGUCAUUGUGGCCCCUUUGACCUUCGACGAAUCGGAUGCACAGCAGGAGCUCAACGGCUUUUUGCAAGCGUUGCUCAAGAGUUCAGGAGAGACCGCCCGUUGGAGCCGCCCGGGAGCCAUCAUCGCUCAAGGGGGACCGGCAUUGAUGUACAAUGGCACUUCUUUGGAGGCGCCGUGUGAUUCUACAUUGGAGUGGUUCGUCCUCACGGGAAUCUCUGCUUUGCCAACAAGUGACUAUGACCUCCUGAUGAGGCUUUUGGAGGAUUCAACCCUUUUUGCCGGUCGAGACCACACUACGACAAAGAAAGAAGCAGAUUUGGCACUGGCAGAAGUGGAUGAACGCUAUUUGGCAAAGCCAAAGUACACUCCCAAGGAAGAAGGUGUUCGAGCACCCAAGUUCCUGUUCAUGAUUGGCGGAGUCAUCACCUUUGGUGCGCUAUGGCAUGCCAUGAACCCUGAUGGUGAGGUCACAGCAAUGUUGUUCUACGGCUCCAUUGCGAUCUUGGUGCUCCUGGCCACGAUCGGGUACGCAUUCAUACCGGGUGACCUGUUUACAUCGGAACCCUUUGGCUUCAUGCCGGCCGUUCAGGCACUGAGCUUUGACCAUGACCUGUGGAACAACAUCUGGGCCUUUUGCGCUUUCCUUGGGGUGAUGUUGGCAGUGGUUAUUCUUCAAGUAUUUCUUUACAAUAAAUUCCUUUCUGGUUAUGGUCCAGGAUGCGAUGAGAAUUGGACUUUUUUCCUCGGCUUCCUGGAUGUUUUGCUUGUCUUGUUUCUCCUUUUGGGACCUUUUAUGAUCCCAGAUGUGGGACCAAGCUGGCAAAACGCUUGGACCUUGCUGCAGAGAGCUCACAUUUCUGCAUGGUUCCUUCUUUUGCUUGCCUCUUGUCUGAUUCCAUUUCUGGGCGUGCCCAUCAGCAUUUUGCCGGCCAUGGCCACAUCUGGAGCUUCCUUGCUCCUGGGCGCAGUGAUGCUUUGCUUGUCUUAG